AUGAACAACAACGCUGAUGCCAAUGGAGGCGGAGGAGUCGGAAAUCAGAACGCAGAGGGAAAUCAGGAGCAUCAGAUCCCUCAACAUCUUCUUCAACUCAUACCGAGGCCUCGCAACGUGAUGUUCACGAUGACCGAAAGGCAGAUACAAUUCAUGUACGUUACAUGGGCCGGCGCACGAGUCCGCGUGCGUCAGGAACUCUACCAACCUGAGUUACCGGUUCAACCCUACCCUCAGCCCCCGGUCUGGACAGAAGAAACGCGUGCGAUGAUAGUGCUUUGGAUCGCGAGGGAGCGCCGAAUUUUCCAGAUGGAGGUGGAGGAGAUGGAGCGUCUCCUGGGACUUCGGGGUGCGCAUUAG